AUGGCACGUUCUGCGUGGAAGGCUUUGCCGGUGGCUGCUCUGCUGGUAGCUAUGUACAACUUCUGCAGCUGGAGCUUUGUGCCUGCGCCUUUGCGAAAGCAUGCACCUGUGGCAGCAGCAUCGGCUGCCAGCAUGAUGUUGGCUCCAGCAGCCUUUGCCGACGAGAUCGGUGAUGCAGCCAAGAAGCUUGGUGACGCUUCGUAUGACUUUGCGAAGGAAGUGGAUUGGAACAACGGAAUCUUUCUCCAAGCCCCAGGCAAGUUCCAACCCUUGAAGGCCCUCAAGGCAAUUGACAAGAUGAUCGAGAUGGGAGCGGCAGCGGACCCCAAGCUUUUGAAGGCAGCCGCGGAGGCUCAUCAUAAGGCCAUCGGAAGCAUCUCGGGUCCCAACGGUGUGACUUCCCGGGCUGAUUGGGAUGCGGUGAACGCAGCUUUGGGCCGUGUGGUGGCAUCUGUUCCGAAGGCAAAGGUCAUGGACGUCUACAAUUCCGUGAAGGACAUCACGGACCCUGGUGUGCCUGCCUACAUGAAAUCCCUGGUCAACGGCGCAGAUGCUGAAAAGGCUUACGCCGGCUUCUUGGCCUUUAAGGAUGUGGUCGAGAAGAACCAAGUCACCGCAGUUGGUGCGCCUGCAACCGUCCCCAGUGGGGACAAGAUUGGGGUGGCUGCGAAAGCUCUUUCAGAUGCAUCCUACCCCUUCUUGAAAGAGGUGGACUGGCUCUCUGAUGUCUACCUGAAGCCGCUGCCAGACACCACGGCCCCAAAGGUGGUGAAAGCCAUUGACAAGAUGAUCGUGAUGGGAAGCCAGAUGGACGGAAACUUGUUGAAAGCCGCUGCUCAGGCUCACCACAAGGCCAUUGGCAGCAUCGAUGCCAAGGGAGUGACCUCUGCUGCAGACUAUGAGGCCGUGAAUGCCGCCAUCGGACGCAUUGUUGCAUCGGUGCCAAAGGCCACCGUGAUGGAUGUGUACAAUGCCAUGGCCGCUGUGACCGAUGGAUCGGUGCCCAACAACAUGUUCUCCAAGGUGAAUCCUCUUGAUGCAGUGGCUGCUGCGAAGGGCUUCUACACCUUCAAGGAUGUAGUGGAAUCUGUGCAGCGCUGA